CUUCUACUCCUGCUUCCGCUCCCUCUUCUCACUCUCACUAGCUAGCUUGCUCUAUAAGUCUAUUUUUCUAACUCGUUGAUCUCGUCUCUCUUGUGCUUUCCAAAACAUGGGUUCUUUCUAUAAUUCAUAUUCAAACACAAGUUAUAGUCAAAGAAACCAUUUUUCAGUAGAGCGCAGGCCUAAGAUGCUCAAAGAGUUUCUCAUAGAUGAUUCAUAUUCAUGUUCCUCAUGGGGGUUCGAAUCAUUUUCAAGAAAGCCAUGCGAUUCCACCAUGAAAACCCUUAUCGAAAUUGAUAUUUAUAAUCCAAGAAACGUUGCUAAUCCUAGCAACAAUAUUGCAAGUUACAAGCUGCUUAAAAGUCGUUCAAAAGCAGUAGCCUCAACAACAAUCUCAGCUUUUCAAGCCAUGAUGAACGCCGUCAAGAACGUGCAUUUCAUUGCCGUUAAGUCUCCCUCACUUUUACCAAGGAGUCUCUCCCGGAGACUAUCAAAAAAGAAGUGUCAAAACAAGGAGAAUGAAGUCAAAAUGACAAUCCUGGUAAAAGACAUUAUACGGUGGAAAUCGUUUCGUGACAUUGUCGAAGAGAAAGCUCCACCAUCGGAUUUGCCAUCAUCACCCCAUCAUUGCACCACGACCACAACCAGGUCCACUUCUACCACCCCACGUAGCGGGUCAAGUUGGUGCGAUAGUGAUUUCAACUCGGAUUAUUUGCCGUCUUGGAACGGUAAUUUUGACGAGUGUGUUGAAAAUGAGGUAGGAGCGGGUAAGAAAUUCUUACCAUGUGUCGGCGAGGAUUCUUUGCAGGCGACAACAGAGGCAAGAAUAUAUACAAAAGUGGGUCCCAAGGAGGACGAGGAGGAACAACAGCAUACUCCUGUUUCAGUAAUUGAGUUCCAUUUUGAAGAAGAUGAAGAGUCAAGCUCGUCUUUUCAUCAAAGCCUUGCCACUUUGGAUAGGACUAGAGAAAAGAUUAUGGAAAAGAUCCGAAGAUCUGAGAGUGUAGCCAAACUGGUACCUGUCAACCUCGAUAAAUGGAUGACAAUGGACGAAAACGUUAGCUCUGGAGAAGAUGAUGACGAUGACGAAGACAGCGAUGAUCUUGAAGGAAUAAGAGAAACAAAUAUGAUCAAGGACGAAGAAGAGGAAGAAAUUAACAACGUCGAAGUAAAGGCAUGGAAGCUAUUGAACCAUGUCAAAGAAACUGGUGUGGAAUGUUGCAACGACAACGUAGACCUACUAUUGAACUUCUUUAGAGAUGAAUUGGCUACAAGGAGACAUGAGACUAGAAAAAAUGGGAUUGAUGUGGAAUUACUGAAUAAGGCAAAAGCUUGGAUAAAUGGGGAAGACAGGUUAUGGGUUGGAUGGGAGAUAGUGAAUAAAAGGGAGGAUUAUGUUAGAGAAAUGGACAGGGAAGGCAGAUGGAAAAAGUUUGAGGAAGAACAACAAGAGCUUGCUUUGGAAAUUGAGAACGGAGUGCUUCGUCUUUUGGUUGAUGACUUGCUGCUUGAUCUCAUCUCUUGCUGAUGAUGAUUGAUUAGAAGCAACAGAAGUGUAUAUCUAGCUAAUCUUAGAAUCACCCAUUAUACUGAAAAUGCACUGAAAUUAUUCCUUAAAUGACAUAACUCAUGCUCAUUGUUUUGGGAUAUUUCUAGCGUUAGCCUAUAAUGAAAUUUUGUAGGAGGAAAUAAUAAAAAAAAUAGUGGUGUUACUGUGUGUUAGCACUUAUUUUUCUUGGCAAGGACCAAGAGGUCAGAAUAUUGUCCGUUCAAUAUUUUUCUUCUGUAAAUACACAAAGUCUCGUUGUUCUUGUUCAUUUCCUGUCUCAUACAACAACUCAACACUUCGAACGGAAAA